ACAAGCACAAGACUUUCCUUUCAUAAUCGUCUUCCAAUUUGUUUUGGAAAUGGCAAAUACAACCGAUCUAUCGCAAUUCCUAAUACCAAAUGAAGUACCGUUUAAUUUCUUGGAAUGUAAGAAAGCUUUUGAUGCCCUGACUCUCAAAGAAAAGCUAUAUGCACAUCACAUUUGUCAGGCAUCCUGGCAAGGGGCUUUAGUUUGUCUCUUGCAAACAUCCCCAGAAUCUCCGGGCAUUUUCCUUCUUUUUCAAAAAAUCUUCUCGGCCGAAAGUGUGGAAAGCUUCUGUGCUUCUGCUCAACAGGAUGAAGCCAGUUUGACAGACACUGAAAUAAAGAAUUUGAUUGUUUUUGUGGCCAGUUUUUAUGGUAACAUGGGAAACUAUAAGUCAUUUGGAGAUACUAAGUUUAUUCCAGGACUGUCAAAGGAAAAAUUCAAGUCUGCCAUAACACGUUGUGUGGCCUACAAAAACGAUAAAGAAAUGAUUGAAAAUCUCUGCACAGCAGUCCUUGAUGAUCUUUAUAAUUUGAAUGACAGAAGAAAACAGCUUGGGCUGGAAGAACAGGGUUUAUCAACAUAUUACUCAAGCAACUGCACACGUGAUGAUGUUGCACUGAUUCAAGAGUUCAUGAAAGAAAAGGAAAUAAGUCCAUACAAUACCAGGUUAUUUAAAGUGGAGAAAGAUGGAAACGUGGAAUAUCAACUUCGUUUAGCUUCUGUUGCAACCACAGUUGAACCUCUGCCUGGACCAGAUGGUCAAGACGACGUAGUUACCGCUUACCUUGGUAACCAUGUUUUUAAGAAAAAUACCAUCAAAGUUCAACGCGGUGAUUACUCUGGCAUUCUUAAAGGAAUGGUACAUCACCUUACAGAAGCUGAGAAAUAUUCGGCAAACGAAAACCAAUCCGCAAUGCUGAAGGAAUACAUUCAUUGCUUUAACACGGGUUCCAUCGAAGCACAUAAAAAUGGAUCAAGACACUGGAUCAGAGAUAAAGGUCCUGUGAUUGAAAGUUAUAUAGGGUUCAUAGAAAGCUACCGAGAUCCUUUUGGUGUGCGCGGAGAGUUUGAGGGUUUUGUGGCGAUGGUGAAUAAAGAAAUGAGCAAAAAAUUUGCAGAUUUGGUCGACGCUGCCACAGAUCUUCUUCCUUUGUUACCAUGGCCACAAGAAUACGAAAAAGAUAAAUUUCUGAGACCAGAUUUUACUUCGUUAGAUAUCUUGGGAUUUGGUUCAAGUGGUGUACCGGCAGGAAUCAAUAUUCCAAAUUAUGAUGACAUCAGACAAAAGGAAGGGUUCAAGAAUGUGUCUCUUGGUAACGUUCUAGCAUCGCACAGCAGUAAUGAGAAAGUCACGUUCGUGCAGGAAGAAUAUCAGGAACUAUUCAGCAAGUUAAAAGCACCGUCAUUUGAAGUUCAAGUCGGUUUACACGAGUUACUGGGUCAUGGUAGUGGAAAACUUUUCCAAUUGAAUGAAGAUGGGACGUUUAAUUUUAACGAAAAUACAGCCAUUCCUGACACUGAUUCAACUGUUAAAAGCUGGUAUAAACCCGGGGAGACAUGGGAUAUAAUAUUCCAAGAAAUUGCAUCGACCUACGAGGAAUGCAGAGCGGAAUGUGUUGGCUUGUAUCUUUGUUUAAAUAACAAAGUACUGAGUAUCUUUGGUCACGAAGGUGAAGAUGGAGCGAACAUCAGUUAUAUCAACUGGUUAAACAUGGUUCGAGCCGGCUUGAUCGCUCUGGAGUUUUACACACCAGAAAACAAAAAAUGGCGGCAGGCCCACAUGCAGGCAAGAUAUGUUAUACUUCAAGUGUUGUUGGAAGCUGGAGAAGAUCUUGUGACGAUAAAGAAGACUUUCGGCGAAGAUGGCAAAGAAAACCUUUUCGUUCAACUUGAUCAAGAAAAAAUACAAUCUGUUGGGAGAGAGGCCAUUGGAAAGUUCCUCAAGAAACUGCAGAUAUACAAAUCAACAGCUGACUUUGAACAGGGAAAGAGGAUGUACGAUUCUUAUUCCAGCGUAGGGGAGGAAUUCCUGGAAUUACGUAAAAUUGUUCUGGCCAGAAAACAACCUCGACGAAUGCUGGUUCAAGCGAACACCAAGAUACAAGGUGAUGACGUCAUAUUAUGUGAAUACCCCGCAAGUGCUGCUGGGAUGAUUACGUCAUUCACAGCAAGAUAUCCUUCCCAUGAUCCUGUCUUAGAGAAACUGUGGCAGGAAGAGGCGAUCUAUCAUGCGUACAAAUAAUUCAUGUUUUUCAGUGUAGUAUAGGUAAAAAGUGUCUCGUUGAAUAAAUGAAACUUCGUCUGGUAGUAAACAUUUAUUAUUUUACGUUAAAAUGUUGUUAUUUCAAAGCUAGUCUUGCCACUGUAGAUCG